AGGAAUGUGUGAUAAAACUAAAAGUUAAGAAAACAUAUUUGACGAAAAUUGCCGGAAUCUAUGUGCCAUUUCGUUGCUUGUUAAGUAAGUCGACCUGAUUGGCCGUCUAAAAAUCAAAAUAGCUGGCUUUUGAUGUUUCGCUUCUACAAGUUGUACUCGUUGUACAUGAACAACAUGACCAGUAGUGGAGUUGCAUGGCCGCGGGAGUGGUGCCUGUGCGGAAAACUGCCGCGGGCGGUGCUCCACAUCCCGGUGAACCAUCGUCUGAUCUGCCAGGUGUGCGGAUUGGCCAGGCGCCCCCAGGCUGGACUCGAUUCCUCCAGCGAUAAGGAUGCAGAUCAGAGCACCGAGGAGCAGAAGACGAUUAUACCAGAGCCCAGCCACGUGGAGGAGCCCAAAAAAAGCCAAAAGACUCGGGUAAAGGUAACCAUUAGGGGCAAGAAGCCGAAAGCCAAGAAUUGUUGCCGGACAAAUUGCCACAAGUGUGGUGGCUUGGCCAAAGCUGAAGUUGGCCAGGAAAGUACUGAAGCACCCAAAGAGAUGAAGUGCAAACGGUACCCGGGGCGUCAUGGCUUGCACUCGAAACCGAAGGGAAUGAUGAGUCGUCGACAGCUGGCGCCCAAAGCACCGCCACCUUCGACGCCGUCGUCAUCUCCAACGCUAUCGCCAUUGCCUUCAUCACCGCCAUCGCCCACAGCACCACCACCACCACCACCACCUCCGCGUCAAGAAUUGGAAUCACCACGUUCGGAGAUGCCAAGCCUGGUGGCCAUGGCCCAUAACGUUUUUAAUCCAAAAAACAGCCCGCUACAGAACUACAACAAUCUAUUUGUCAGUAACUUUAUACCCUUACAAAGUCCCAUUACGGAUACCUUCGGGGGAGCUAUAUCCAAGAGGAGCAGGAACAGCAUUCGUCCACCACGCAGCCACAGGAGUCGCCCGCUGCCACCACUUUCCAAAGUCUUAACCAACAUCUUGAGCAGCCAGAACUCGACGGAUGACAGAGAGAUGGGUGGUGGAUUGAGUAGCUCCAAUUGUAAGGACUCGCAAUCGACCGAUUCCGAGCUGGCUAGCCAGUUUUGUCCAUUUGAUCACUAUGAAGGUCCAUCCGAAGAUGCUCUUGUCGUGAAUAACGCUCGUUAUAUGCUUCAUCGACCGAAAUCACUGCACAUCGAACCACGACAGGAUUUGCGCAACAAUCGCAUUGAAUCGUUGAACUUUCAGUUGAGCUCUACUAAGGACACAAAGAGUCCAAUCGCUGACAAUCUAUCAGGCAUCCUAUUCAUGGCGGAUUCAGUUCGUAAAACCAGCCCAGCCAAGAACUUGGCCUCCAAACCGGCAGUUACUCAGCAGAACAAUCGGGAAAAUAAACCGGAAGCGUUGGAAGACUUCGAAAGAUCUUCCAUUUUAACCUCAAUCAUGGACAAAGUUUUCAGCUCACAGGAAUCGAAAAGCUCAAAUGGAAACUGCGAUGAUGACAAGAUACCAGAAUUGGAGGAUAUUAAUAAGCCGAUCAACGACAUGUUCGUCGAGGACCCUGAAUCGGUUUCUUUGAAAAGUAAUGUAUCAAAUGAGCACAGUGUAUUUUCUUCAAAUAAAACAAACAACUAUAAUGAUUAUUCCAAGCCCGUUUCAAAAACACUAAGCAUAAGCAAUUCCAUUUGGGAACGAUUUUGUGAUAACAAACCCAAAUCGACAUUAUAUAAGUGUGCUCGCUGCGGACAACAAAAGCAUCGUGAAGAUAUAGUUGCUAAAAUUAAAAUAAAAGAUAGUAGAAUUCCAAAAAAAUCCGAUGCGAAUCAAAUAUGGCUAAAUAAAAAAAUAGGAUGCGCCAUAAAGCAAAAGCUCAAUAGCUUAAGAUCCUUUUCUGGAGCACAGGAAUGUAAAAAACACGAACACGAAGGGCAGAAAUCCCUAAAACUAGCAGAUCAAGGAGUAAUUCCCGAGAUUUUUAGAGAAACCCUACGUAUGCAAAAACAAAAAGCUACGAAUGACAAACCAAAAGAGGAAAAUUUAAGACUGCAAUCCAUAAAUACAAACAUUCAAAGGAAAGCACAACGAAUUUAUCAGGAUGAUUCUUCGGAAUCACAGACUCCAAUAAAAGAUCAUAGCACUUCAAAAUGUUUAAAUCUACAAGAAAAAAUAGAUCAUAUCCCACCGAGGGAUAACAAUCCAGCCAAAGUAAAUGAUCAAUCAAAGAUCACUCCUUCCAAGAUACACCACGAAUGUCUUCAAAAACGACCCAGAAUCGCACUUAAAGUUGUGAAUUUAAACCAAUCUCAAAUAUCGGAUAAUAACUUUCAAUUACGUAGACAUAAGGAGCCAUCGUUCAACUGGGGAGUGAUACAAUUCUGCGAGACUGUAUCUCAUAGGAGUCUAGUUAUCCCCAAAAUACUGGUUCCUACUUAUGUUGGUGAGUUGGUGAAUAUCGGUCAAGCCACGAAAUGCUAUAUCAAGGAGAAUAUUCUUCCGGAUGAUCCGCCUUCGUCUCUCUUUGAGUUUCGCAUCCCUGACAUUAGUCCCAACGAGCUGCUAUCCUAUCGAAGUUCGGAUAACAUUAGCGGAAGCUGUACUCCAAUACCUCAUAUAGCGAGUCCAAAGGAGCAACCUAUAAACCACAAAGACCCGUGUCAUUCUGUUGAUCCAUCUCCGCCAGAAAAAUUCGAAAGUCGUAGCACUCUAUACGAAAAUCUUGAAUUGUCGUUCACCACACGAAAAGCAGAUAGUUUUAACCAUCCCAAUGACAAAUUACCUGAUUAUGAAAAUCAAAAGAGUAACAAAUGCAUGAAGGCAAACGAGAACAGAAAGUCCAAGUCCACAGAAUUAACAGAUGCUAAUUUUAGCUCCUUAAGUGACAACAAUAUGAGCUAUAAGAUAGAAUUAGAUGGUUUAAGAAAAGAAGAGAACCCAAUAAAAGAAUUCAGUUUAAAGACUGACAUUACGGCAGUUAGUAAUACAUUUACGAGAUCUAAAGAAAAUACAGAAAAUUCAAAUGAUACAUUUUUCCAGGAGAGCCGCAUUACGUUACAAAAGUACAAUCACUCAAAAUUGAGCAAUGCGAUUAAAAAACAAAUAGACAAAUCCUUGCAACAGAAGAUUAAAAAAAUUAUGACUAAACCGAUAAAGUUGCUAAAAUCGACUGAUUCAGAUUCAGUUGAAAAAUUUGUGGAGCCAUUUACAAACAAAUUGAGCGCCUUCGAUGAAUAUAAUGCAAACUCUACACAAGAAAACUUAGAACUUGAACCAAAUGUCAUUUUGAAUGAAGAAGAGGAUAUAUCUCUUUCAAAUUCCUUCACGGAAUUAAGUUCAAGUCAAAAGCCAUUACGUCUUAUAGCCAACCUGCACUCCUCAAGUGACUCCGAACCAAAGUGUCUAAUUGAAGAAUCUAAGGUAGAAACUGAUUCUGAUGGAGCAUCGGAACCGAUGCUGACCUGUCGAACCACCGAGUAUGCAGGAUUGCCUCCUCUGAACUGGCAAGUAAUCACAAUGGGCUCAGCUCAUCCAAAAAAUAUUAUGCAGGAUGAUUUGGAGUCAUCUCUGGUAGAAGAGUAUUACUGUCCCAUUCACAUGUGCGGAAGCCUUAUAAAGUCGAACACAUUUUCUUCGCAUAUCCUGCAAGAUCAUCGAGUUUGGAAAACCAAAGAUGCUCCACCGCAGGAAGAUUACCAUCAAGUAGUGGAAGGUUUACCAAAGCAGUUCUGCUUCGAUGGCGAUCUCCUCACGAAAGGAAACACUUUUGUGGCCCUUCUCUUGUACACCAGCUUAGCGAAGGAAAGAUCACAUCCAAUGCGGAAUCAUCCGCUGACCUUGCUAGCUGCUCCAAAAAUGGCAAAGGAUGAUGCAUUAGCCGGUGUUUUCUUCUGGCUGGUCGGUUGUCCAUCGCGUGCCAAACUUCUUGCCAAGCUCACAGUCUACGAUCCAUUCGAUCAAAUUGGACGGAGUAUGAUCAUAAGACCACGUGAUUUAUCUGAGAACCAAGAUCCUCAAGAAUUUGUAGUCAAUUCGAAAGAUCAUUUGCUUAUCAGCGUUCCACAUAAGCAAAGGACUUUUCAAAUAACUGUGGUCAUAGAUGAACCGCAAACUUAGUUAUAAAGGAUAUCUAUUUACUUAAAACUAAAAUCUAUAGACGU